AUGUCAAAUCAAUUUUUCGCUUGGUUACAUAUAAUCUAUAUUUUUUCUCUAUGCAUUGCUAUUUGGCCAACUCCUUUAUUAUCACAAGUAACAUCUUCAACUCCAACAAAAAGUGCGAUAUCAUUAUUAGACCCUAUACUUUAUUCUUCAUUCAUAACAAGCAAAACAUAUCAAAACACUGAAGAAGUUUCAGGAGAAUUUUUACCUGGAAAGAUUUAUGCAAUUAUGGGUCCAUCUGGUUCCGGUAAAAGUACUUUAAUAUCAAUUUUAACUGGAAAAAUAAGGGAAACACAUGGAGAUGUGCUAGAUAUUAUGAUUCGUAAAUUAACUGUGCGAGAAAUCUUGAUGCAUUCAGCGUCAAUGCGUUUACCAACUAAAUACAAUAAAGAAGCGAAAGUAAAGGAAAUUAUCAGAUUUUUGAAGUUAGAUAGGGUGAUGAAUCAAGAAAUUGGAGAUGAGGGUAAUAUUAUUAAUAUAGAUCUGACUGAAAAAAACCGUGGUAUUUCUGGUGGAGAACCACAUGAAGUAUGUGACAUGUUAAGAGCAAUUGCUCAUGAAAGAGGAAUAACGGUAGUAGCAAUUAUUCAUUCACCAUCAAAACAAAUCUAUGAUACGUUCGAUGAAGUUUUAUUAUUAAAUACGGAAGGAAAAUUUGUUGAUGUAGCAGGUUUAAUGAGGAGGUAUCAUAGAAAUCGUGGAAUGAGUCGUGCAGAAUAUUUAAUGGAUCAUGUUUAUAAUAAUGUCCCUAAAGCACCACCCACCCCACAAGAUCAACACAAAAUACGAAAUAUAUUAAUUUUAUUUAUUAAUAUGAUAGAAUAUAUCUUUGAC